GGCCGCAGCGGCGGGGUAUGGCGUCCCUCCGUAUGGCGUUGGUGUUAGCGCUGGUGACAAUGGCGGCGAGCGCAUGCGGCGUCGCGGCCCGGCCUCUGGUCGGGGAUGGCGGCGCGUGGGAGGACAGGGCGCCGCUGCAGACGUCGCGCCCCUUCAACAUCGCGCACCGGGGCUCCAACGGGGAGCUCCCCGAGGAGACGGCGGCGGCGUACGUGCGCGCCAUCGACGAGGGCGCCGACUUCAUCGAGGCGGACAUCGAGGCCACCAAGGACGGGCACCUCGUCUGCUUCCACGACACCACGCUCGACGACACCACCGACGUCGCCGACCACCCGGAGUUCGCCGGCCGCCGGCGCACCCUCGAGGUGCAGUGGGCCAACGUCACCGGAUACUUCAUCACUGAUUUCACGUUGGCGGAGCUCAAGACGCUGAGGGCGAAGCAGCGAUGGGACUUCCGUGACAACUCCCACAACGGCGUCUCGCCGAUCAUCACGUUCGACGAGUUCAUCGACAUCGCGCUGAACGCCAAGAGGGUGGUCGGGAUCUACCCGGAGAUGAAGAGCCCCGUGUUCAUGAACAAGCACGUGCGGUGGGCGGACGGGAAGAAGUUCGAGGACAAGUUCAUCGCGACGCUCAAGAAGUACGGCUACGGCGGCAAGUACAUGUCGCCGGCGUGGCGCGCCAAGCCUGUCUUCGUCCAGUCCUUCGCGCCGACGUCGCUGGUCCGCGCGGCGGACCUCAUGGACUCGCCGCUCGUCUUCCUCAUCGACGACGUGACCGUGCGGACCGAGGACACCAACCAGGCGUACGACGAGAUCACCUCCGGCGAGUACCUGGACUACAUGAAGAAGUACGUGGUGGGCAUCGGGCCGUGGAAGGACACGGUGGUGCCGCCGACCAAGGGCAACCUGCUGGCCACGCCGUCGGACCUCGUCGCCAUGGCGCACGCGAGGGGACUGCAGGUGCACCCCUACACGUACCGAAAUGAGAACGAGUUCCUGCACUUCAACUUCCGGCAGGACCCCUACGCCGAGUACGACUACUGGAUCAACGACGUCGGCGUCGAUGGACUCUUCACCGACUUCCCGGCGAGCCUCCGCCGGUUCCAGGAGUGGACCGCCAAGAAAAAAGACUGAUUGUGAUUCACAACUCGCAAGGGGUUAAUUAGGAUAUAAUAGCAAAGUUCUGUCUUGGCAGUUGGGUUCUUUGAUCCAGUCAUUCAGAUCGUAGUUGUGCAUAUGUCUUCAUAGUAGAGAGUAGAGACAAUUCUUUGUAUUUUUGCAGUGGCCAUAUAUUGCUUGAUUGGAACAGUAUCAAUUAACAGUCUUAUCUGUUCAUCAUGCUAAGAGCAACUCCAAGAGCUUGACUAUUCUUGUUGUGGAAGCUAUUUUAGAAUUUACAUAGCAAAAAAUAGGCUCUAACAGAUAUACUAUCUGAUUUCGUAAAAUGGAAAGUUGACUAUGCCUUGAUUUUCGAUGACCAUAUAUAGCCAACCACUGUCAAUGACUAUCUGAUUUUAUAAAAUAACAAGACUGUUGUGGACUUCUUUUUUAAAAAGUUUUCUAUUUUAAAAAAUGGUUAAACAAUAAAAUUUAACUACUAAUUUUAGCCAAGCUCUUAAAGUUGCUCUAAUAGACCAGUAUGUCAGUCUGUGAUCCCAUCUAAACACGAUUGGCGUGCAUACCCUCGGGGACCUAUUGUUGUCCUGUGGCGUGAGUGUGACAAUAAAACGUAUACAUUGGUCAAUGCAUAUAGGCACGCACAACAAAC